UCCCUCAAAAUAUCAUGAAUUCUGUUUCUUUUCUGUGACCACUGAGAAUGACAGUUGUGAUACUUCAUCUACCUGGUGAUAUUCACACAGUUUUUCUCCUCCCUCCGUACCCACCCUACUGUUUACUGCACGCAGUUCUUCCUCCAGUAUCAUAUCUCCAGUACCAGUUCUUUAAAGCUGAGUGUCUGCAGCUCCCAGGCACAAAAGAGGCAAAUGUGGUAUAAGGAAAGGGGAGCAAAGGUAGAGACAGAUUUGGAUUUAUAUUCUGGCCUCUUGGUAAAUGUGGAGCCUGAGCAAGUCUCUGGGGCCUCUAAAGUUCAGUUUCCUCCUCUAUAAAAUCAGGCAAGUGCUAUCUAUCUACUCACUAGGUGUGAUGUGGGUUAUUUUCCCCUUCCAUUUUCCCACGUUGUCGUCUAUGUAGAUAUGGAGCAUAUCUACUCCACCCAGCAUCACCACUGACUUACCGAGCCCCUAAUAUUUACUAGGCAUCAUGCCAAGCGCUUGAAAGAUAAUUACUCUUUUAUUUUCAUAGAUAGCUAGGUAAAGGUGUUAUUAAUUAUAUCCUUAUUCCAGAUGACCAAGCUGAGGUUCAGGGAGGAUUAAGUGACUUGUCUGGGGUCACAGAACCAGUAACUGGCAGAGUCAAGAUUCACACCUUUCCUCUCUCUCAUUUUAUGUUGGCAGUUUCUUAAAAGUAUAAUCCAUGUCUACUUAAACUGUUUUGUAUCUUCUAACAUGAUCCACUAGUUGCUUCCUGAUAAUAUGUCUGUAUACCUUUUUGUGAUUCCGUGAUUAUUGAGUGAUUAUUUGUAAUUCCACAUUUUCUUUUUCUUUUCUUUUCUUUUUUUUUUUUUGAAGACAGAGUUUUCGCUCUUGUUGCCCAGGCACAAUCUUAGCUCACUGCAACCUCCGCCUACUGAGUUCAAGAGAUUCUCCUGCCUCAGCUUCCUGAGUAGCUGGGAUUACAGGCACACACCACCACGCUCAGCUAAUGUUUUUGUAUUUUUAGUAGAGACAGGGUUUCACCAUGUUGGCCAGGCUGGUCUUGAACUCCCGACCUCAGGCGAUCCCCCUACUUCGGCCUCCCAAAGUGCUGGGAUUACAGGCGUGAGCCACUGCACCCGGCCUAUAAUUCCACAUGUUCUAUCAGGAAGAGAUCCCAAGUCUCCUUUUGUUAGGUCGGCUGGUAUACCAAACAUAUUUGAGAAAUAAAUAUAAAUGCUUGAGGAUUUUAUGGUGGGAAGUCUUUAAAAUAAUAGCUAUGAAGAUAUUAUAUUAGGCUAUUUAGCCACUUAAAAUUUUGAUAAAAGAAAUGUUAUACAUAUUCUAUUGUACAUUGGUAUUGGUAAAUAUUUACCAACUAAACUAUAACUUUCCAAAAAAAUGAAGAUAAAGAGAGCCCAUCAAAUUAAUAAAAAUUUCCUGUCUCAAUUUAUCUGUAACUCCUCCUUUUGUUUUUUUCUGCAAAUAAGCUUGUCAUUAGAGAUUCUAAAAUCCAAGGAGCCUAUUGAGAAUGAGGUCACAUUAUUAAAAAUAAAUAGCAGUUUCUCUUAUCAUUGCUUGUAUACAAAUGUCUGCUGUACAUUGUCUCUCUGUUUUUCAGCUCAGACUACAAUGGUGAAAAUGCCUGGAGAAUUAGAGAGUGGAGAGGCAGGUAGAGUGUAGUGCAGGAUAACGGAAUCAGUUCUGAGCAUUGGUGCAUCUGACAGGGAGGAGAUGUUGCCCAGUGGUCCUCCUCACAGAUGCCCAGAGAUCUCUUUUCUUUUCAUGGCUCAUAGUGUAUGUGGUUGGGCUUUUCUUAAGAUUACUGUACAUUUUUCCACUCUGGCCACACUUCCUCAACUGUUAGAAGGUACUUUCCACUGUCAGUAUCUCAGGCAAGGCAAAGCCCGGAGCCCCUUCGCCACUCAGGAUGAGCUAAUACCAGUGCUGUUGGCUUUGGGUUGGUAUCAUGUACCAGUUCUACAAUACCUGACUUCAAGGACUCCGAAUAAGAAAUGUGGUACCAAAGCCAAAAUAAGCCAGACUGAGAACAUUAAAACACAGAGCAUGGAUGUGAGAUCUAGAUUUACACCCACACAAAACACAUAAUAUACACACAACUAAGUGUUGCUUUUAAGUUGCAACUUGACAAUAUUUCCUACAGUUUAUACUAGAAAUUGGGGUUUGUUCUCCAAGAUAAUUUUGCAAAAGUUCUAGUUCUUUUACAUUUUCUUUUAACUUCCUCUGUUCCUUCCCUCUUCCUUCUUUCUUUCCUUCCUCCCUUCCUCUCUUCCUCCCUUCAGUCACCAGGCAUUGUUGUAUAUAUUUUAAACGCUCUGUCUCACCUAAUCCUAAUGCUGCCCUAUGAAAUGAACGGUGUGGUUGUAUGAUUAGCACCCCUUCUUUAAAGAUGAAGAAACUGAGUCUCGGAAAAUUUAAGUAACACAUUCGAAUACACGCAGCAAAAAAUAGUUGAGUCAGCAAAUUCAGCAUUUCACCAUACCACGUCACUGCCUAGCUGAUUCAUUUUAAAAACAAUAUAUAAUGAUCCUAAUUUCCUAAAGGAAGCGAGGAACAUUAGCUUUUGUUUGGAAUGCCUUUACCUGGGUGUAUGCCUGUAUCCUAGAUCCACACAUCUAAGAAGUAAAGCACAUUUCACAGACCGUGCAUCUCAAGGGUUUUUUAAAUAAAACUUUAGGUUCUUAAAAUGCCAACUGACUUGUGUUUUUCCCAUGCAUUGCUUAGAUCAAACUAAGACUCUGGAGGUUCCACUUACUUCUCUUUUUGGACCAGUCACUGACUCACUUUGAGACUUUGGGGAGUGACUUCACCCUCCAGGGCCCCUAUUUUCCCAUUCUAACAUGGUCAGUUUCCUCCUGUCUUUGCAGUAUUUUCUAAAUGGGAGACAGUGACAUAAGGAGAAAGCUAUGCACACACAAACAAACCAAAAUGGUUUCUGGGCAGAAUUAUUUUGUUGUUUGCAUUCACAUUACCUGUGGUGAGUGGAGUAUAGCCUGCAUCACCGAGGUGUUGCCUCUAGAAACAAGAGCUAGUGAGAAUGAGCAGCACGCUGACACCACCUCACCAACCUCUCAUCCUGGAGGUCUCCUCCUGCAUCCCUGGCUUUAGCCACACCCAACCUGCCACAGCUUCCUCUGUGUGCUUUUGCUUUGCACUUUGUAGAGCUAUUUUCUCUUUCUUUUCUUUUCUUUCUUUUUUUUUUUUUUCUGUAAUGGAGCCUUGCUCUGUUGCCCAGACUGGAGUGCAAUGGCGUGAUCUCGGCUCACUGCAACCUCUGCCUCCCGAGUUCAAGCGAUUCUCCUGCCUCAGCCUCCUAAAUAGCUGGGAUUACAGGCACCCAUCACCAUGCCCGGCUAAUUUUUGUAUUUUUAGUAGAGAUGAGUUUUCACCAUGUUGGCCAGGCUGGUUUUGAACUCCUGACCUCAGGUGAUCCACCCAUCUCAGCCUCCCAAAGUACAGGGAUUACAGGCGUGAGCCACCGUGCCCCGCCCUGCAGAGCUAUUUUCUCUGCCUGAAAUGCCCUUUUCUAUUUUGUCUGUUUGGAAAACUACUAGUUCCCUAAGACUUAGCUCAGUGGGCAACAUCACCUUCUCUGGAAAACCUUCUCUUCCCUUCCCAGGCAGAGUUAAAUACAGUUGUUCCAUGGCAUCCACAGGGCACUGGUUCCAGUAACCCCCUCGGUACUAAAAUCCAUACAUACUCAAGUCCCACAGUCAGCCUUGUGGUACCCACAUGUACGAAAAGUCGGCCCUUGGUCGCCCUGGGUUUCGCAUUCUGUGAAUACUUGUAUUUUCCAUCCGUAUUUGGUUGCAGAUGCUGAACCUGAGGACAAUGAGGGCUGACUGUAUUGAAGAAAAUUGCAUAUAAUUGGAUGCACACCAUUCAAACCUGUGUUGUUCAUGGGUCCACUGCACUUCUUUCUCUGUGCUCCUGUAGCUCCAUGCAAAUAAUAUCUUGAAAAUAUUCAUAUGAGUGUAGUCUUGCAUUUACAUGACUAUUUUGUUUACUGGACUGUGUGCCCCUCAGGAGCAAGGAUUCUCUGCUGUUCAUCUUGGUAUCUCUAGUACCUAGGACAAGGUAUGUGCUUUAUUAAAUGUGAGUGAAUGACUGAGGUGUGGAGGCCAUGGGCAAAGAGGACCCUUUUCUCCACCAGUGGCAGGGGGGACGCAGGCAGAAAAGAUCAAGCCUGGUUGUGUUCUUGCUCUUCUUAAUACUUCCUUUAAAGAUGUUGAGAAACCGAAGACACAUUUAGAACUUCCCUAAAGAGCCUAGGAAGGGCCCAGUCCUAAGUAAAGUCUUGCAGAAAUAUGUGUUUCCCUAAUUAACAUGAGGUCAGAGCUUUGACCUUUAAGGGUUUCUUUUUGAGUAACCCCAAAGGAUGGCAGGGAAACUUGAGAUACAGGAAUCUCAUAGCCAGAAAUGACAGGAAAGGCAGGAGGCCACUCCAGUUUAUAGCUGUGGGGCCCUGGGCCAGUUAUUUAAACCUCAGUUUCCUCAUCUAUAAAGUGGGAAUCAUAGUAAUACCCUAUAUGAUUGUGGUGAGAAUUAAAUGUGAAUGCAUAUAAAACAUUUAGCACUGAGUUAACCACUCAUUAAUGUUAACGGUUAUUAUUAUCGACCAACUGGUCUUCUCAUUUGUUCUUUAGCUAUUUGCCCUUUCUCUGACUCCAAAUAGAUAGACUUUCUAUAGAGAGAGCAUGGACUCUCUGAUGAAUGAAGAAAAAAAUAGACCGACCUUUAAGCAAUCUCCUGCUGCUCUGUUGAAAUCUAGGUCAAAUGUCACUUCCUCUAGGGGGGCACCUUUGACUCUCCAGGGGAGAGCUAUUUUUUCCCUCUUCCCGUGGAUCUAAAAAGUUCCCCUGUAUUCUAGUUACUGUGUCUCUCUCCCCUACUCAACAGGCCAGAGCCACAUCUCUUUAUUCUCAGCAUCUAACACAAGACCUGGUGUAUAGUAGGUGUUUGGCAGAUGUCUAUUGAAGGAAGAAAUUUACAAAUGUAUGAAUUUUUUUAGUGACAGGCAUUUAGAAUUACUGGAGGGAGAAUAUCAUCGUUCAGAUAGUGAGACGCAAAUUACAUGCAGGUAAAUGCUAGCACCUGUAUUUCCAGCAUGCUCCUUGGUACACCGCAUAUGUGCAUCCCAGGUGCUGCCCCUCAUUCAGUCACUGCUCUGUCUCCAAGGUUCCUUUCCCUCCCACCUCAGCAGCACUCAGCUUACAAGCAGGCCCUAUAGAGUUGGAUAGAGACCCACUGCCAAGCAUUACUGGCAGCCAGCAGGUUUUACAGCAACAGUGCCAAGAAGCCCAGCCUCAGGAUCUGCAAUCUCAGACAGAAACGCUUUUGCGGCUGGCAAGGUAGGGCUAGGGAGCAGGCACAGGUGCCAUUUCACAGACUACCUCGGGCCAGCAGCUGCCCUUUAGACACCAAAUUAACUCACCAAAGUUGUCUUUCCAGCAAAGUGGUUUAAUGUGAACUUGAAGCAUUUAUUAGCCUUGUUUUGGGUGUCUGUACCUUUCAGUGGAUGGGAUUUUCUAAGUAUAUACAGAAGCAUAUUAUUGUUAAACUCCUCAAAGAAGGUGAUAGGGGGCUUUUCAAGUCCUGUAUACCACAUUAGUUUAUGGAUUGUUUUGUUCAUGUAUACAGCUGAUUUACUGAGUACCUCACAUGUGCCAGACACUAAUCUGCUAGGAAAGAUGAAUGGAAACAGGGAUCACACUACAGAGAUCUGGACCAAAGCUCAGAGGAGGAAGGGCUCACUGAUUCUCCUCAGCCUCCAGAACAGGAUGCCUGAAACCAUGAUGAUUGUUGCGAUAAGUCUGAGGGUGUCAUUUUAGUAUUGAUCUAUGAAUUUUGCUGUCUUGUCUUUUGAACAUUUCAUCUAGUGAUGAGUUGUUUUAAUUGGGUUUGCUCUUUGGUUGCUAAGGAAAUUUGGAGGGCCUUAGUGCAAGGUCAAGAAUCAAUGUACAAGAAGGUGUGGUCGUGCACGCCUGUAGUCCUAGCUACUCAGAAGGCUGAGGCAGGAGGGUGGCUUGAGUCCAGGAGUUCGGGGCUGUAGUGUGCCAUGUCAAUUGGAUGUCAGCACUAAGUCUGGCAUCAAUAUGGGACCAGGGGACCACUGGGUUAUUUAAGGAGGAGUGGGUGCACUGGCUCACACCAGAAAUGGAGCAGGUCAAAACUCCUGUGCUGAUCAGUAGUGGGAUCACACCUGUGAAGAGCCACUGCACUCCUGCCUGGGCAACAUAGUGAGAUCUGUCUCUUUAAGGAAAAAAAAAUAGAAUAAAUGUAGAGACAAAUGCAGGGGGUAAGAAUCAUCGUGACCUAGAAGAUGCCAGUGUACACAGUAUUUGUAUGUGAUUUGGCACAUGUUAAUUGCAGCCUAAACCUCAACAGUGCCUUUGCCAUACCUAGAUAAAUUCCCCUUCAUGUACAAGAAACAUACAUGAAAUUAUAAUCGUAAGACAUUUGAUUGGGGGAUUGUUCUUACUAUAUGUGGAGAAGGUCUUAAUUAAAGAGAAGAGUCCUAUCUUAGGGUUUAAAACUUAUUAAAGAGGAAAGAAGAGAAAUAAGGAGGCCUGGACUCUGGUCCCAGCCACACCUCCGAUAAGCUCUGUGAUGUUGGGCAUGGUCUUUAACUUGGGUGUCAUUUCAUGCCUCUGUGACAGGCGAGUGGCCAGAUAGAUCGUCUCUAAGAUCCCUCCACCUCUACAUUCUAUGACUGCUAUUCUUACUACAUUCAUUCUAUAAGGAAGUUGGCAUAGACCCAGAAGAUAGCAAAGAAAACUAUGAAAGAUUUGGAGAAUAAGCCCAAAAAAAGCAGGUUACAAGAAUAUAAAGAGACCAAGGCAUGUGAUGGAAUCUUUAUGAAUUGAACAGCUCCUGUUAUUUCCUCUGAGAAUAGCCCAAGAAAGAGAGACCUUUAAUCGUAUCAGAAAAGAUUUAGGUUACAAAGUAGGGAUAUGAGACACCAGAGAGGUUGUAGGAUUUCCUUAUUUGGAUAUUUUUAACAAAAUAGUAGAUGGCUCUCUUUCUGGGACAGUUUGCGUACCGUCUUGCCUAGAAACUAGGAGUGAACUGGAUCAACGUGUUUUAAGCUGUGUGUGGUGACAUCCCAUAAAACAGGUCUCACGUGCUGCUCUGGGAACUUCCCUGAUCUGCGUGGGGCAGUCCAGCAGCUAGGGAGCUGAGCAGAGGGCAUCUGCCUGGGGCCAGUGAGGAGAAUGCAUCUAGACAGAGCUUUACGUGCUGCUGAGAUCUGUUACCUCAAGCAAUAAAAAAUGGCCAGAGGAUCAGUGUCCGAUGAGGAAAUGAUGGAGCUCAGAGAAGCUUUUGCCAAAGUUGAUACUGAUGGCAAUGGAUACAUCAGCUUCAAUGAGUUGAAUGACUUGUUCAAGGCUGCUUGCUUGCCUUUGCCUGGGUAUAGAGUAAGAGAAAUUACAGAAAACCUGAUGGCUACAGGAGAUCUGGACCAAGAUGGAAGGAUCAGCUUUGAUGAGUUUAUCAAGAUUUUCCAUGGCCUAAAAAGCACAGAUGUUGCCAAGACCUUUAGAAAAGCAAUCAAUAAGAAGGAAGGGAUUUGUGCAAUCGGUGGUACUUCAGAGCAAUCUAGCGUUGGCACCCAACACUCCUAUUCAGAGGAAGAAAAGUAUGCCUUUGUCAACUGGAUAAACAAAGCCCUGGAAAAUGAUCCUGAUUGUCGGCAUGUCAUCCCAAUGAAUCCAAACACAAAUGAUCUCUUUAAUGCUGUUGGAGAUGGCAUUGUCCUUUGUAAAAUGAUCAACCUGUCAGUGCCCGACACAAUUGACGAAAGAACGAUCAACAAAAAGAAGCUCACCCCUUUCACCAUUCAGGAAAAUCUGAACUUGGCUCUGAACUCUGCCUCAGCCAUCGGGUGCCAUGUGGUCAACAUAGGGGCUGAGGACCUGAAGGAGGGGAAGCCUUAUCUGGUCCUGGGGCUUCUGUGGCAAGUCAUCAAGAUUGGGUUGUUUGCUGACAUCGAACUCAGCAGAAAUGAAGCUCUGAUUGCUCUUUUGAGAGAAGGUGAGAGCCUGGAGGAUUUGAUGAAACUCUCCCCUGAAGAGCUCUUGCUGAGGUGGGCUAAUUACCACCUGGAAAAUGCAGGCUGCAACAAAAUUGGCAACUUCAGUACUGACAUCAAGGACUCAAAAGCUUAUUACCACCUGCUUGAGCAGGUGGCUCCAAAAGGAGAUGAAGAAGGUGUUCCUGCUGUUGUUAUUGACAUGUCAGGACUGCGGGAGAAGGAUGACAUCCAGAGGGCAGAAUGCAUGCUGCAGCAGGCAGAGAGGCUGGGCUGCCGGCAGUUUGUCACAGCCACAGAUGUUGUCCGAGGGAACCCCAAGUUGAACUUGGCUUUUAUUGCCAACCUCUUUAACAGAUACCCUGCCCUGCACAAACCAGAGAACCAGGACAUUGACUGGGGGGCUCUUGAAGGUGAGACGAGAGAAGAGCGGACAUUUAGGAACUGGAUGAACUCCCUGGGCGUUAACCCUCGAGUCAAUCAUUUGUACAGUGACUUAUCAGAUGCCCUGGUCAUCUUCCAGCUCUAUGAAAAGAUUAAAGUUCCUGUUGACUGGAACAGAGUAAACAAACCGCCAUACCCCAAACUGGGAGGCAAUAUGAAGAAGCUUGAGAAUUGUAACUACGCAGUAGAAUUGGGGAAGAAUCAAGCGAAGUUCUCCCUGGUUGGCAUCGGUGGACAAGAUCUCAAUGAAGGAAACCGCACUCUCACAUUGGCCUUGAUUUGGCAGCUAAUGAGAAGGUAUACACUGAAUAUCCUCGAAGAAAUCGGUGGUGGCCAGAAGGUCAAUGAUGACAUUAUUGUCAACUGGGUGAAUGAAACGUUGAGGGAAGCAGAGAAAAGUUCAUCCAUCUCUAGUUUCAAGGACCCGAAGAUUAGUACCAGUCUGCCCGUUCUGGACCUCAUCGAUGCCAUCCAACCAGGUUCCAUUAACUAUGACCUUCUGAAGACAGAAAAUCUGAAUGAUGAUGAGAAACUCAACAAUGCCAAGUACGCCAUCUCUAUGGCCCGAAAAAUUGGAGCAAGAGUGUAUGCCUUGCCAGAAGACCUGGUUGAAGUGAACCCCAAAAUGGUCAUGACCGUGUUUGCCUGCCUCAUGGGGAAAGGAAUGAAGAGGGUGUGAGGCCCAAUGGGACCGGGUGAGAGGCGGUGCACUCACUCCUGACUGCCCGGCACAGAUGCUCCCGGGAUGAUUCGAGCCAUUCCAAAGUUCAACUUGGUGACACUCUAUAAGAUUCCAAAAAGCACAUAUUAGUGCAGCCAAGUAGCCUCUCCUAUAUUUAACAAAAAGUGCUUCAUUCUUUGCAGGAGGCCCAACCUCCUAUAUAUAGGUUUCUAUUCUUGAUUUAUUUGCUUCUUCGAAAAUCUAGAGGAAAAGAAAGAAGUUAUUUUCCAGGUACCCUUCUCGCUUUUGCCGUUAGUCGAGGAUAGAAGCUGCAGUGGUAUUAAUUUUGAUAUAAUCUUCCAAACCAGCUUCAUGUGGCUUCCCUUUUCUUUGUUCAAGAUGAGGGCCAGGAGGGGAAUCAUCACACCUGCCCUAAACCCUGUUCCUGGAGGUCAGCAUUUGAUCUGUUGCAAGCCCCUCUUUCUGUCCCCUCUUCCUACCCUGCCUCCCGUGACUUUGCUCCUCACACUCUUGGAACCAUGCCUUCUAGGGGCCCAUCUCUUCUGGCCAUCCUUGUUUCUGGGCCACUUGGAGCUUCUGAGAAAUCAGUCAAGCUGUUGAAGUCUCAGGAGUCUCUGGUAGCCUGCAGAAGUAAGCCUCAUCAUCGGAGCCUUUCCUCAAAACUGGAGUCCCAAAUGUCAUCAGGUUUUGUUUUUUUUUUUUUUCAGCCGCUAAGAACCCCUCUGCUUUUAGCUCUAGAAUUUGGGCUUGAAGCAGAUCUAACAUCUUGAAUACGCUGCCCUCUAAAGCCGUAACUCUUAAUGGAAGGUUGGAUCCAAGGAGGGUGUAAUGGAGCAUCAAGCCACUCGGGGGCAGCAUGGAGCUAUAACUAAGCAUCCUUUAGGGUGCUGCCUCUCCAGGCAUUUAGCCCUCACAUUAGAUCUAGUUACUGUGGUAUGGCUAAUAUCUGUCAACAUUUGGAGGCAAUCCUACCUUGCUUUUGCUUCUAGAGCUUAGCAUAUCUGAUUGUUGUCAGGCCAUAUUAUCAAUGUUUACUUUUUUGGUACUAUAAAAGCUUUCUGCCACCCCUAAACUCCAGGGGGGACAAUAUGUGCCAAUGAAUAGCACCCCUACUCACAUACACACACACCUAGCCAGCUGUCAAGGGUAGAAUGAAUCUAUGCUGGAUAAGAAAUGGCAGAACUGCAUUAUGAAGAGCUAAUUUACUGGACAAAGAAUUCCAAAGCAAAACCAGAAAGUAUGAAUAUGAGAGCUCUCAUAGGUUGAGCAAUUUCCCCCGAAACCAACGGAAGGCUAAAAAGCAACAGGCCAUUGUGAACCAACACUAGACUCCCUCUAUCAUGGUGAAAGGCUCAUCAAUGAGGUAUCUUCUUUAGUGGUGGUAUGUAAUGGAACUUAGCCAUUUUUCAAAGCAAUUGAAAUGCAUUGCUCUGGAUCUGUUCCUUGGCAGUGGACUCAGAAAGCCAACAUGUGGCUCCUCCCAGCCCAUAACCGGUAUUUUUGCUGCUUCUGAAUGCAAAGUGGUUGGUUUUGACUUCAGAUUGAACUUACUGUAGCCUCAGAUGAUUUCCCCCAUCCGCCUCCAGGAAGAAAGACUGUUACUGCCUUAAUAAAAAAUGAAAAGAGAAUGAUGCUCAAAAUCUUUCCAAAUAAAAUGUUCCCUAUA